AAACUUCUCUAUAUUCUUUUCUAUCUCGGGCUUUUAUUUGUCUCCUAAUCAAAAUCAAAUUAGUACUCUUCUUUCUCUCCUUCUAUUCUAAAACCCUCUGCUCUUCGUCUCUGAAUUCUCAGAGAGAAACUACAAGAGAAAGAUGGGUUUGAUUAUAGAUGAGAAAUCAAAGUUUUUGAGAGGAGUAAAAACAGUAUUUUUCUUAAUAACUAUGUUAGCUUCUUUACUUAUAAUUUCUGCCCCUGUUUUAUUAAUUAUCACAGAUUCUCUUCUUCCUUCUGCACUUCUUUCUGCUGCUUCUUCUUUUUCAUCAUCACCAUCGUCAUCUUAUAAUUAUUCAUCUCUUUCGUUUUUACAAUCACUUUCUUCUCAUCUUAAUAACUACGAUUUUCGAUCUUCUCUUGUUGACAUCCCUCUCAUCUCCAUCAUCAGAUCAGCUGUAAUUUUCUGUGUGUAUAGUAUCUGUGAUGGAAGAACGUUAUCGCGUGGGCGUUAUCUGAUCGUAACAACGUUAUGUUCAUUACUAUCUCUAGUAUUUGUAUCAUUAAAAGCUUCGUAUGUAUUCUCUGGUGGUGCUUUAAUAAGGAGAAGUAAAUUAGGGUUCGUUAGUGGAGCUAUGGAAAUUGCUCUGUUUACAUGUUCAUUGGUAUUAGCUAUAGCUCAUGUCAUCGUUGCUUAUCGUACUAGUUGCCGAGAAAGAAGAAAAUUCCUCAUCUACAACAUCGACAUCGAAGCUGUCUCAACUUGCAAGCAAAGAUUUCCAGCAGUAGUUGCACAGAAAAAGCUUCUAGAAGAAUAGUAGAUAGUGUACAGAUAUGGGGUAGCCCUGGAUAAUGGCACAGAAAAUCCAUCUCUUUCGCAAGCCAACUGUGUUCCAGGGUUUUAAAUCCGAAGGAGAUAACAGCCUGGAGACAAUUGGAAGACAAAAACAAAGAAAAAGAGAAAAAGAAAAACUGUAACGAAGAAUGUAAAUGUACAGGUUUUGUAGCAUAUUACAAGUAGAUAGAUAUAGAGUGUUUUUUGCGUGUCAACUGUAAAGGGGUUGGUUGUGUUUGUUUCAAGUUUAUAGAAGGGUGGCUGUGUUUAUUAUAAAUUUAUGUUAUGGCACUUUUUACUUGGUA